GCCACCCGGCUCGAAGCAGGCAUGCAGGUAUGGCUACCUCAGUCUCUGCCGAGCAACCGGCCUCUCAACACGUGUCCAAUCAGUGUCAGAACCGUUAACAAGCGUGUCCAACAAGUAUUACGUGAUUUCAACCCGGGGAAACCAGAAAGUGACCAACAUGGGGCUCCGCUCCCUUCUUCUCCUCUCCCUCGCCUGCCUCGCGUCGAGCGACAAGCUCCACCUAGUCUUCGAAUGGAGUCAGCUGGACUACCAAUACGCCAGUCCUGAGGCGCGCCAGCAGGCGAUCGACAGCAAGACGUUCAUCCCGGAGAACAACAUACCGAUGGGUGUGGAGGUCUACCAGGAUAGGCUGUUCGUCACGGUGCCGCGGUGGAAACAUGGGGUGCCGUCUACGCUGAAUUAUGUUAACUUGAAUGAUAAUAGCACGAAGUCACCGAACUUAAUCCCCUAUCCGAGUUGGGCAGCGCACUCUAUCGGUAGUGAUGGGAAACCUCCAGAAAUCAUUUCACCGUACAGGGUCCGAGCUGACAAGUGCGGUCGACUUUGGGUUCUCGACAGCGGAAAGAUGGGCAGCCUCGAAACUACGAGUAACGCUACCAAAUUCCCGCCCUCCAUCAUCGUCUAUGACUUGAAGACAGAUAAUCUUUUGAGAAAGUACACGUUCCCUGCAGAUCAGGUCAAACAAGAUUCUGGAUUCGCCAACAUUGCCGUGGAGGAUUUCGAUUGCGAAAAAACAUUCGCGUACGCCGGCGACGUUGGUAAGGCGGGAAUCGUAGUCUACUCGUGGGAAAAGAACGAAUCGUGGAGAAUUAGUCAUCAUUACUUCAACCAAGAUCCUCUAGCUUGCGAUUUUAACAUUAAAGGAUUGAACUUCACUUGGGAUGACGCCAUCUUCGGCAUGGGACUUUCUGCGCCUAACGCUGACAACUACAGCACCCUCUAUUUCCACCCGAUGGCGAGCUUUAAUGAGUUCGCUGUCUCCACAGAAUACCUGAGGAACAAGACUUUAGCUGAAGCUAACUUCAAUGCUUUUAAACUACUCGGUAGCAGAGGUCCAAAUGCUCAAUCAAGUGCGUCCUUCGUGGACCCCAGAACGGGCGUCCUUUUCUACUCUUUAGUGAACCUUAACGCUGUGGCUUGCUGGCGGACGUCCAACAAGGAAUAUACAAUGAAGAACCAGGGUAGAAUCUCCAUGAACGACACUACCAUGAUCUACCCUACUGACAUUAAGGUGGACAGCAAUCAGAACUUAUGGGUUCUCUCUAACAGGCUGCCUUUCUGGAUGUACGGACAAAUGAACCCUGCAGAUGUUAACUUCAGGGUAUUCACAGCUCCCGUCUUAGAAGCGAUUAGCCACACGGCGUGUGACGUCACGGCGAGGUCGGAUAUUCUCGAUAAGUUUUUGGGUAAUGUGAAGAAUGUUACAGCAAAGAUUGCCUCUAAGAUAAAGCCAAAUUCAGGUGCUUCGUUUGCGCCUAUGUCCUUCGUUGCGUUAGUUAUGUUAAGUUUAUUCGUAUCUUCUACUGAAUAUUAAGAGCCUAGUCUAUGUAACUGUUACAGAAAGCCUGGCGUUACUUGUGUGAAUAGUAAGAGUUGAUAAUGCGGUAUAAAUUAUUUGUCCUCUCUUAGCCUUACUUUUGCUUCAUCAAUUAAUACCGAAUUGUCCAUAAAACCAUUGGUAAAUAUAAGUCGGUGGAUCUGACUCGAACUGACGCGAAUCAUUGCAUAAUUUAUUAAUAACUAAGAUUCGCUUGCCAGACUGAAGACAAAGAGCUAUUUAGACAUUUGAAAAUGGUAGCUCCAAAAUAUAAUACAAAGCCGAAUUACAUAUAAUCUUUAGAUACCGAUUGCUACCGGGAACAUAUUAACUAUAGUACAUAGGUAUGUACUGUACUUACCUAUAGGUAUACAUUUAUAUGUAAUUAUGUAUGUAUAUAAUUAUUAUAGAUUUUAGUUCAUCUGUAUUAUAAGUAUUUUUAAGUAUUAAGUUUUAGGUUAUACAGGGUGACCUUAGCCAUUGGACAAACCCUGAAAUCCCAUGUAGGGUUACUUCUCAGAAAUCGUGUAACAGUAAUGUGUCUUUAAUUAGAACAAAAGAUAAAAAAAUAAAUUAUCAAACAAAACUUAUUUCCAAUAAUCGACUCAAAAAGAAACAUACAGUGAUUUUGACAAUUUGUUUGAAAAUGUGCGGCAAUGAUGACAUUUAUCAAAAGUCAGAAUCUUAUUAAUGUUAAAUAAAAAACCGGGCAAGUGCGAGUCGGACUCGCGCACGAAGGGUUCCGUACCAUAAUGCAAAAAAAACGAAAAAAAAAGCAAAAAAAAAACGGUCACCCAUCUAAGUACUGACCACUCCCGACGUUGCUUAACUUUGAUCAAAAAUCACGUUUGUUGUAUGGAAGCCCCAUUUAAAUCUUUAUUUUAUUCUGUUUUUAGUAUUUGUUGUUAUAGCGGCAACAGGAAUACAUCAUCUGUGAAAAUUUCAACUGUCUAGCUAUCACGGUUCGUGAGAUACAGCCUGGUGACAGACGGACGGACGGACGGACGGACGGACGAACGGACAAACGGACAAACGGACGGACGGACGGACAGCGAAGUCUUAGUAAUAGGGUCCCGUUUUACCCUUUGGUACGGAACCCUAAAAAUGGGAGUCCUAAGGUAAUAAAUAGUAUGAAACCUUCUUCGACCGUUUUGAUUAUCUUUUUUAUAGGAGCUACUAACACAUACAGGUUGCUCCAAAGUAAAAAAAAUCGUAAUUUGUUAAUUUGUUCGUAACCGCUACACCGAUUGGUAUGAUACUUUGUAUACUGGUUCUAAAUACCCUAAUGCAUAAUGUAAUUUGUCCAAUGGCUAGGGACACCCUGUAUACAUUUCUAGACUGGUAGCUUUCGGCUUUCUUUUUGAGAAAUAAAUGUCUUAAACCGUAAUGCCUACAAAAUUUCACCGCUUAUCCAUUUAACCAUUUUACUACAAAUGGUUCAUUUUGUAUUAUUAACGCAUUCAUUGCCAGGGGGCGUGGCCUAGGAAUAAACUUGUGUGACGGUGGACGCACAUGUGCGUCGGGGGCAGUGAAUGUGUUAAUCACGUCUACCUAUGUUUUUAGAGCUCGGUACAAUCAGCAGCAGAAGCUGCUAAGCGGGCGAGGUGUUCAAAAUUACCUUGAUUAAGUACCUAAAAUCAAAAGUACCUAACAAAUAAAUAAGUCGCGUCAAGAUCAUUUUGAAUAAUUCGGUCGCUUAGUAAUUUUUGCUGCUGACUGUACAAAACUAUGUUCACGGAGCUCUUAAUGGGAUCACUUCGGUCUUGGAAAUCGGUUUUUAAAUGAUGCUACAAUGAGUUUUUUAUGUUUGUGAGCAUAAUUCUGCCGCGAGAGUUUCCGCAACCUUAAUUUCGUGAACACAUUUUCAAAUAGUUAAUCAGCUUUUGAUGGCUGAAUUUGUAUAAUGGCUCCUUUACACGAUGGACUAACGCCGGCCACUCCA